AUGGCUACUGUAGCGAAGGUCACGACCACUGUCACUUCCAAGGAGCCCCAACAAACUCCCUACCAGCUCGAUCCCGAACAGACCCUCAAAGCCUCUCGUGCCUUGUUGCAGCACAUUCAAGCAGAAACCAAACACUUACAGCAGGCCUCGUCGAAAAAGAGUCUCCUUGCUGCCAGCAGCUCGGAUUCAGAAGAGGAUGGGCCCGACGAAACGACAGCGCCGAUUUGGCUCACCCUCACCACAAAACAACAUAUCGUGGAUAAACACCGUCUGAAGCCUAGCAAAAUUACCGUCCCGCAUCCGCUCAACACAUCUCGAGACCUUCGGAUAUGUCUCAUCACCACCGAUCCCCAGAGAGCAGUGAAAAACGUGGUGGCAGAUCCUGCAUUUCCUGACCAUCUCAAGUCCCGCAUCACUCGAAUUAUCGGAAUCACCAAGCUCAAAGCGAGGUACAAGACUUUCGAACAACUACGGGAACUGCUCUCUGAACACGACCUCUUUCUCGCCGACGAUCGCAUCGUCACUCGACUACCAGCAAUUCUAGGCAAAGUCUUCUACAAGGCAACCUCCAAACGGCCCAUCCCGAUUAUAAUCGCAGACCCAAGGAGGGACAAGACAACUAAGCCCAAAAAUUCAAAGGAAGACGGUGCUGCUGCUCCUAUCUCACCAUCAGCGCUCGCUAGAGAAAUUGAAAAAGCGGUCAAUGCGGUGCCUGUCAGCCUGCGACCUGGUACACUCGUUGCUGUUCGUGCCGGCCUGUCCUCAUUCAAGCCUGAGCAGCUGUCAGAAAAUAUCUCAACCAUUGUGUCCAAACUGAUUGAAAAGCAUGUUGUCAAAGGUUGGAGGAAUGUAAGAGGAAUACACAUAAAAGGCCAAUCUUCGUUCGCAGUGCCAAUAUGGUUGGCGGACGACCUGUGGACCGAGCAUGAUGAUAUAAUUGCAGCGACACAGGAAACAGAAUCUUUGGAAGACGAUACCCAACAAGGGCAGAAGCGCAAGCGAAAAGCAGCUAGCACAAAAGGCCCUCAGUCUGGUUCGCGGAAGCGUCCAAAGGGAGACGAUGGAAAGAAUGGAAAGCCUGUGGCUGAUCAGGAAGCUGCACGUGCACGAAAAAGCAAAUUGGCCGCACAAAAAGCAAAGGUGUUUGAGGAACAGGUCUAA